GGGAGGGCCCGGGCGGCGCGAAGCGGGGGUGGGCCCUGCGCGUAAUGGCAGUGCCGUGUCCUCGCGUCCAUCUUUACCGCUCUCUUGGACCUGUCACAAAGGAGUCGCGCCGCUGCCGCUGUCCCCUCCCUCCGGUGGGCCCGGGAGCUAGUGAAAGUCAGUGCCACAGCCCAGCCUCGCGGCUCGGGGAAGCCCCUUGGGGACGUGGCCCGGGAGGGAGCCUACGGGCUAGGGACGUCUGUGAGGGAAGGCAACAGCCGCUAGAGCCUGGGUCGGAGAGACGGGACUGGGGCCGCGGCCGGCUCCGGGCAGGGGUCUGGGAGAGGGUGGCGCUGGGCAGAGCCUGGGAAGCAGCCGGAACGUUCUCCUCCGAGGCCCGCGCUGGCGGCGCCUGAAGCGGUUCCUGGAAGAGGGUGUUCCCCUUUGGGGGAUCUUGACUGGAGGAGGUCCUGGGGUCACCCUUCCGAGGAGACUGCGGCUAACUGGGCCCAGAACUGCCAGUGCAUGGCCAGCAUUCCUGGUGGUUGAUAAUGUUGGAAAUCAGCUGUUCAACCUUCUCCAGCAUUCAGUUGUUAAAAAUGAAUAGAAUGCAAGUUCAGCUCCACAUUAUGAAAACAGUACUCGGAAAACUGAAAACUAUCUAAAUGAUUGUCUUUGGUUGGGCUGUGUUCUUAGCAAGCAGAAGCCUUGGUCAGGGUCUGCUGUUGACUCUCGAGGAGCACAUAGCCCACUUACUGGGGACUACAGGUGCCACUACUGCUAUGGGUAAUUCCUGUAUCUGCCGAGAUGACAGUGGAGCAGAAGACAGUGUUGAUGCCCACCAGCAGCAGGCCGAAAACAGCGCAGUCCCUACUGCUGACACUAGGAGUCAACCUCGGGACCCCGUUCGGCCUCCAAGGAGAGGCCGAGGACCACAUGAGCCAAGGAGAAAGAAACAAAAUGUGGAUGGGUUAGUGCUGGAUACACUGGCAGUGAUACGGACUCUUGUAGAUAAUGAUCAGGAACCUCCCUAUUCAAUGAUUACAUUACAUGAAAUGGCAGAAACAGAUGAAGGAUGGUUGGAUGUUGUCCAGUCUUUAAUUAGAGUUAUUCCAUUGGAAGAUCCAUUGGGACCAGCUGUUAUAACCUUGUUACUAGACGAAUGUCCAUUGCCCACUAAAGAUGCACUCCAGAAAUUGACUGAAAUUCUCAAUUUAAAUGGAGAAGUAGCAUGCCAGGACUCAGGGCACCCUGCCAAACAUAGGAACACAUCCGCAGUCUUGGGCUGCUUGGCUGAGAAACUAGCAGGUCCUGCAAGCAUAGGUUUACUUAGCCCAGGAAUUUUGGAAUAUUUGCUACAGUGUCUGAAGUUACAGUCCCACCCCACAGUCAUGCUUUUUGCACUGAUUGCACUGGAAAAGUUUGCCCAGACAAGUGAGAAUAAGUUGACUAUCUCUGAAUCCAGUAUUAGUGACCGACUGGUCACCUUGGAGUUGUGGGCUGAUGAUCCUGAUUAUCUGAAACGUCAAGUUGGCUUCUGUGCCCAGUGGAGCUUAGACAAUCUCUUUUUAAAAGAAGGUAGACAACUAACCUACGAGAAAGUGGACUUGAAUAACAUUAGGGCCAUGCUGAACAGCAAUGAUGUCAGCGAGUACUUGAAGAUCUCACCUCACGGCUUGGAGGCUCGCUGUGAUGCCUCCUCCUUUGAGAGUGUACGCUGCACUUUUUGUGUGGACACUGGGGUGUGGUACUACGAAGUAACAGUGGUCACUUCUGGUGUCAUGCAGAUUGGCUGGGCUACUCGAGACAGCAAGUUUCUCAACCACGAAGGAUACGGCAUUGGAGACGAUGAGUACUCCUGUGCCUAUGAUGGCUGCCGGCAGCUGAUUUGGUACAAUGCCAGAAGUAAGCCUCAUGUGCACCCGUGCUGGAAGGAAGGAGACACAGUAGGGUUUCUGUUAGACUUGAAUGAAAAGCAAAUGAUCUUCUUUUUAAAUGGCAACCAGCUGCCUCCUGAGAAGCAAGUCUUUUCAUCCACCGUAUCGGGAUUUUUUGCUGCAGCUAGUUUCAUGUCCUAUCAACAAUGUGAGUUCAAUUUUGGAGCAAAACCAUUCAAAUACCCACCAUCUAUGAAAUUUAGCACUUUUAAUGAUUACGCCUUCCUAACAGCUGAAGAAAAGAUCAUUUUGCCAAGGCACAGGCGCCUCGCUCUGCUGAAGCAAGUCAGUAUUCGAGAGAACUGCUGUUCGCUCUGUUGUGAUGAGGUAGCAGACACACAGCUGAAGCCAUGUGGACACAGCGACCUGUGCAUGGAUUGUGCCUUGCAACUGGAGACCUGCCCAUUGUGUCGUAAAGAAAUAGUGUCUAGAAUCAGACAGAUUUCUCAUAUUUCAUGACACAUGUGAAGAGAUAUCAUGGACAUAUUUCUACUCAAUUCCAGCAAUGUUGAAAAGAAAAGGAAAAAAAAAAAACACAAACAUCUCUAACCAGUUGUACGCACAUUGAAACUUAUAGCCAUGGCCAGAUUUUAUGCUAAAAUUGGUAGUUUGUCAAAGACAAAUUCUCUUAGAAUCUAAUCCAACUUGCCAGCCCUGAAUUCCUUUGAGGCCAAGGAAGGCCGAAUGUCAGCAACUGGGGCUGUGGUACGCCUAUGAAAAGAACAGGCGACAAGGGCCUCCUGAGUGCUGAGACCACGCCCGAGUUCUUCAUGUUGGGCUCACUCGGUUGUUUAACACAAGGUGUUUCGUGUCUUAGUCUACGGUUUUUAUUUGGGGUGAAGUCACUUUGCAGAAGUAAUUGACAGCGUGUCUGGGUUAAGCGUCAUUGGUCAGAGAAACCCUGGUGUGUUAAGCAUGGAUAUUGCACUGCAAGACUUGAAUCUGUAAACGUAGCAUUACACAGGUCAUUACUUCAAGCAACAUGGAGAUCCUGAAAGAAGGUGCACAGACUGUAGGGGAAAAAAAAACAAUUUUUUUUUAUAUUUCAGUGAUUCCAAAGAACAUUCUAAUUUUUUUAAACUACAGAAAAUUGGUGGUAUUUUCACAUUCAUGGUGUUUCUAUCCAGCUUCAGUACCCACAUUUUGUGAGGAGAUGUGUUUUACCAAUGCAGGAGAAACUCUUAAACCAAUUGCAAUGUUAGACUGGAGAAAAUUUGUUAGUUAGUGUAUCUUUGAGGUACCAUCAAAUCAGGUUUUUUUUGUUUUUUGUUUUUUUUUGGUUUUUAUUUUUUAAAAAUUUUUUAAUCAGUAUUGUUUUUGGAAGUAAUAUACUUUGAAACGCUUGAAUUAAUAGUCUCUAGAGAACAGUCUGAGAACAUAGAUCCUGUUGUUUUAAAUAAAUAUAUGUUUUUGAAUAGCAAGUUCAAUCAUGAAUUGUUGACUCUGUCUUCAUCAAAAGUGUUUUAUAUCCCUCUCAGGGUCUCUGGUGAAGGCCUUCAAGAGUUCACUUUUUUCUCCCAGAAAAUUGGAAGGUAGAAUUGUAAAUUUUUAAGACUUAUUUCAUAAUGGUGUACCUCAGCAACUGCCUUUCAAUUUAUGCCAAGUCCUUACUGAGUUUAUACUUGAACAGUGGAUGUCUUCUGAGUUUUACAGUGUCUUAAACUCACUGCACAUUCUUUUCCCUCUUUCUUGUUUGUAGUUCAUUAAACCUGUCCUACCACGGAGGUGACUCCUUCCUGGCUGUACUUGCUGGGGUGCUGGAUUUUUCCAUGUCUUGCUAGUCUUCCAUAAAUCCGAAUAUAUAUAUGUGUGUGUAUAUAUAUAUAUAUAUAUAUAAGUAUAUAUACAGAUAGUUAUGUGUUCUCCUCUUCAGCUUGUGGUGAAUGCAGUAAUUUGCAUUGAAGAAUAAAAUAUCUGUUGCAUUUUUUA